CAAAGGACAACUCUUUCCGAUGUGAGCAAUGGCCGAGGGAGAUGUUGCCCUAGCCUGCGAACCCUCGGCCGGGCAGGAGGAGCGUCCGUACAAGUGCAAGCAGUGCCCCCGAAGCUAUCGCCACGCCGGCAGCCUGGUGAACCACCGACGCACCCACGAGGUGGGCCUUUUCCCCUGCUUGCUGUGCCGCAAGGAUUUCUCCAACCCCAUGGCCCUCAAGAGCCACCUGCGCACCCACACGGAGGAGAAGCGCCACAAGUGCCGGGACUGCGGUCGGAGCUUCCGGGCCUCGUCCCAGCUCAGUAGUCACCGCUGCAUGGCUCAUGCCAGCCGGGACCAGGAGGAGGAGGAGGAAGAGGGGAGUAACAGCGGGGGCUGCACCUCCCAAAGGGGCCAGGAUACCUCUUCUUCCGACGCCGAUACCUACUCCGGAGCAGAAGGCGGCGGGAGCCUGCUGACCAACCUGGAGAAGUACAUUGCGGACUCGGUGGUGCCGGCCGACUUUUCCCUGCUGGAGUUCUCUAUCAAGAGGGAUGCGGAGAAAGAGGAGGCGCUCCAAGCGCACCGGGGGGAGAAGGAGGCGGGGCUCCGGGACGCAGCCGUCGAAGAGCGGCGCUUCAAGUGCAACCAGUGCCACAAGGCCUACAAGCACGCCGGCAGCCUGACCAAUCACAAGCAGAGCCACACGCUGGGCGUGUACCAGUGCUCCAUGUGCUACAAGGAGUUCUCCAACCUCAUGGCGCUCAAGAGCCACACGCGCCUCCACUCCGAGUACCGGCCCUAUAAAUGCCGGUUCUGCCACCGAGCGUUCCGGCUCCCUUCUGAGCUGCUGAGCCACCAGAAGGCUCACGACGAGGAAAAGACCGAAGCGGCCGGUCGGCCCACCUGGGACGGUUCAGAGCACAGCCUCUGGGAGGAGGACUCCAUCGAGACCUCGGCCAAGUUGGACAUUUACCAGCCUCCGCCGGCAGGCACCAACUUUGGAGACAGCGCCCCCUGCAGCCUCAAAGACGCAUCCAAGGCAGGCGGUGGGGAACGCUGCAACCCAGACGGGGAGCUUUGCGUCCGCUGUGGCGGCACCUUUGCCAACGAGGAGGAGCUGAAAGGGCACAGCUGCCUGUAUCCAGAGGAGGCGAACGAAGAGGAGGGGGGAGGCAGCAUGCCCUCCCAGCUGGCCCCCGGCUCCAACGGGAUAUGGGAAGCUAGCCUGAAGGGCGAGGAGGACUAUCACACGUUGGAGGAGCGGCCCUUCCGCUGCGAGGAUUGCGGCAGGACUUACCGGCACGCAGGGAGCCUCAUCAACCACAAGAAGAGCCACCAGAUUGGGGUGUACAGCUGCACCGUCUGCUCUAAACAACUCUAUAACCUGGCCGCCUUGAAGAACCACUUGCGGGUCCACCUCAAAUCCAAGCUUGGGUUGCCGGCGCCGGAGGAGGCCUCCGAGCAUCCCUCUGUCAUCUCAGACUCGCAGCAAGAGGAAGACAGCCCCAGAGAGCCCGGAGAUGGCCGCAUCCAGCCACCAGACAUUUGGGGGGGAGCAUCCUCCCCGAAAGAAGACGAAAGUGGUGGCGGGGAGGAAGAGCGGCCAUACCGAUGCGGGGACUGCGGGCGGAGCUAUCGGCACCGUGGCAGCCUCGUGAACCACCGCCACACCCACCAGACUGGGGUCUUCCAGUGCUCCAUCUGCCCCAAGCAGUACACCAACCUCAUGGCGCUCCGGAAUCACGUCCGGGUGCAUUUGCGAGCGGCCCGGCUGAGCAGCAGGGAGCCCGUCGACUGCCUGACCUGCACCAGCUGCGGAGAGAGCUUUGAAGAGGAGGCUGGAUUCCAGCUCCAUCAGCUGCGCCACCUGCCCUGCAGCGAGGACAUCGAGGCGGCAGCCAUCCCGGGGCUCGGGGGCUUCCAUCCCCAGGAGGCUGAUCUCCUCCAAGCCAUCAAGCAGGACGUGGAAGCCCUGGAGAACGGAGCGGCGGUGGCCGAGGACAUCCUCCCUUCCUCCGAGAUGCCGUACGUCUGUAACCAGCGCGGGAUGACUUUUGCCAGUGUGGCCAGCCUGCAGAACCACAGCCUGCCGCAUGGGGGCGACAGAGAGCGGCUCGGUGGAGCGGCUGAGAGGCCCGAGUCCCCCGCUCCCGUCCAGCGCCUCUACGGCUGCGAUCUGUGCGGCAAAUCGUACCGCCACUCGGGGAGCCUCAUCAACCACAAGCAGACCCACCAGACGGGGGACUUCAGCUGCUCGGUUUGUGGCAAGCACUUCCAGAAUGUCGCCUCUCUCAAGAGUCACUUGCGUGGGCAUCAGAGGCCAAGGAGGGCCCACUCAGGAACGGCUGUGAUGGCCAACACGGAUGAAGAUGCCGAAGCGGGGGAAGGAGCUGCUCUGCCUGGGGUGCCCCCCGCCGGCGAGGAGGUCAGAGACGGUUAUGGCCUUCUGGGAGAUGGGGCUCGAGCGAACGGCCGGCAGCCGCAGUCGGAUGCCCCCUUGCCGUCACCAGGAGACGGCGAGGUGCCCCCCUACCUUUGCGAGCAGUGCGGCACGGGUUUCGACCGAGCUAGCAACUUGGAAAGCCAUAAGCAGACCCACCAGUUGGGCAUCUACCAGUGUUCCCUCUGCCCCAAAGAAUACCCCAGUCUCUUAGCUCUGAAGAGCCACUUCCACGGGCACACCAAGGCCACAGCACUGAGCCGUGGCAGCCCCGGUGGGAACGACGGUGCCGAGGAGCCGCCUUUCCUCUGCAGCCUCUGCGGCAUGAUCUUCCCGAGUGAGGAGGCUCUCCAGCACCAUCAUGACUCGGCGCACGAAGAAGGGGAAGGGCAGGCGGGUGGGGAGGAUGCCGAGCUGAAAGCGGUCACCCGCGCACAGGUGGAGGACGCCGAGGAUCCCGGAGAGGAGCAGCUGCUCUCCCACAUCUGCGGCUACUGCGGUGAGACGUUCGACGACAUGGCCAGCCUGGAGGAGCACAGCGAGGGGCACCAGGAAGAAAAGGCCGCAGCCCUGGCAGACACCUCGAUCCAGCUCCGGCGGGCGCCGCGCGUGGAGGAAGAUCCGCCACGGCUGUCGCCGGCGGAAAUGUCAGCUGCUGCCGACGAACCCUCGGACGACAGGCCGUAUGCUUGCGGUCAGUGCGGCAAGACUUACCGGCACGGCGGCAGCCUGGUCAAUCACAAGAAGAUCCACCAGGUCGGAGACUACCAGUGCGGCGCCUGCUGCCGGCAGUACCCCAAUCUGUCUGCCUACCGGAACCACCUCAGGAACCAUCCGAAAUGCAAGCUGAACGGCAGCGUCCCGGAGGUCCGGCAGCCGGUCCCCAUAGGAGCAGAGGGCCCUGCUGCUGGUUGUCAGAAGGACGCGGCCCCUGACGGCCAAGUCCUGGUGCACGAAGGGGGGAGAGAUCCACCAGGGGAGCCCUCCUUUUUGUCUCCUGGCAGAGAGCAGCGUCCCGGGCAAGAGGCAGCAUUGAACCGUAGCCCGCCCGAGGCGCAAAAGACUCUGGUGGGUGACAUCUGCGGGGAAGAACCUGACGAGAAAGCGGCGCCGGAGGCCCCUCAUGGGCUCUGUGCUGCAGAAGAGAAGCUGGGACAGGAGGAGACGUCGGCCAGAGAGGAGGAAGCGGCACCCGCAGGAGGGGAGGAAGACAGCGGCCCUGGCGCCGAAGAGGAGGGCUCCCCGUCCGAGCGCCCCUUCCGGUGUGAGGCCUGCGGGCGCAGCUAUAAGCAUGCCGGGAGCCUGAUCAACCACAAGCAGGCGCACAAGACGGGCCUCUUCCACUGCAGCGUCUGCCAGAAGCAGUUCUACAACCUCAUGGCCCUCAAGAACCACCACCGCACUCACUUUGAGACCAAACGCUACCGCUGCCCGGAGUGCCCGAAAGCCUUCCGUCUGCAGAAGCAGCUGGCCAGCCACCAGCGGGUCCACCGUGAUAGAAAAUGGGACCCCUCGUCCCGUCCCUCCAGGAGGCCCCCUCACGCCAGGCGGGCGGGCAAGAGUGAGGAUUCAGCCCACCCUCUUAAUGCCGCCAAGCACCGCCCGGAUCCUGAGGAACGCCCUUACCAGUGUGGGGAGUGUGGGCGCACCUACCGCCAUGCGGGCAGCCUGCUCAACCACCAGAAGAGCCACAAGAUCGGCCACUUUGCCUGCCCGCUGUGCAGCAAGGCGUACCCCAAUCUGAUGUCUCUGAAGAACCACCAGCGGAUCCAUUACGAAGUCAAACGCCACCGAUGCCUGGACUGCGGGAAAGCUUUCAAGUGGCAACGGCAGCUGGUGCGGCACCAGCGCCGGCCCCAUCCCUGUAGCAGCAGCACACCGGGGCAAGAGCACGAGAGGAACCCGCGGGCUCCUGAGAAGGAGAGGGGAGGGAGUCGCAGGGAAUCGCCCCUCGGCCCCUUCCACUGCGUUUUGUGCUCCAAACAGUUCCCCAAUCGCACCUCGCUACGGAACCAUGCCCGCGUCCACUCCAAGAAACGCUUUGAGUGCUCGGAGUGUGGCAAGGCGUACCGGGCAUCUCGAGAUCUGACACGCCACCUCAGGAAACACCGGGAAGAGGCGGAGGCGGAGGACGCCGAGGGGGACUCUUCCUCCUCCUCCUCCUCCUCACCCAUGUAUCCGAACACCAGUGCGCCCCCGGAGGAGGAGCGGCCCUACAAAUGUGACAGCUGUGACCGGACGUACCGCCACGCCGGCAGCCUCCUCAACCACAAGAAAGCCCACGCCACUGGCCUCUACCGCUGCCCCACGUGCCAGAAGGAGUUCUACAACCUCCUGGCCCUCAAGAGCCACCUUCACACCCACACGGACAAGAAGCGCCACCGGUGUUCUCCCUGUGGCAAAGCCUUUCGGACUGCCAGGCGCUUGGCCGCCCACGCCAAAGUCCACGGCGACCCCAAAGAGGAAGGGGCUCCUUUCGCCUGCCCUGUCUGCUCCGAGGUGUUCUCCCAGCAGCUCAGCUUCCAGCAGCAUCAGCUGGCGCAUGCCAGGGACUGUGGGCAUUCUGCCGCUGGAGAUGUUCCCCCCCGGGACGGGAGCUGA